GCUCAUCGUUUCCUCAACCUCGACAGCUCGAGCUCGGGAGAGAGGCUGUCGGCUUUCCGCUAUGGCUUCAAAGCUGCUUCCGCUGCGACGCCUCUCGAAGAGGCUUCUCAAACCUCCAUCUUCUUCUUCUUCUUCUUCCACCGCCUCCAGGUCGUGCUUGCAUAUUCUAGAAGCUUCAAAAUCUCCACAUCUCUCCCAGAACAGCCACGACGGACCUUGUCAUUGGAUAGCUUCCAGAAGCUUCUGUUCUAGCCCUCUGAAUCUCGACGACGAUACUCAAAUCCCCGCCGCCAUCGAUUACCAUUCUGUAUUGCCGGAGGAUGAAUUUCACAGGCUAGCUGAUUCUACAAUACAAGACCUUCAGGAGAAAUUUGAGGAAUAUGGAGAUUCUGUUCAAGUUGAUGACUUUGACAUAGACUAUGGGAAUGAGGUGCUGACCUUAAAACUCGGGGAUCAUGGCACCUAUGUUUUGAAUAAACAAACACCAAACAGACAAAUUUGGUUGUCUUCCCCAGUGAGUGGUCCUCAGAGAUUUGACUGGGAUCGGAGUUCUCAAGCGUGGGUUUAUAGGAGGACCAAAGCUCAUUUAUUGAAAAUUCUAGAGAGUGAGUUGGAGGAACUGUGUGGUGAACCCAUCAGCCUCUCGUAAACCGCCUCAAAAGUUAGGUAAUAUAGUUUCACUUGGAAAUUAAUUUGCAGCAUAGUUUUUCUUCCAGAACACAUAUUUGGUGUCCUCCACAGCUGAAUAUAAUCUUAUCUUGACUAGUUAUUGUCUGAAAAUUUGUUUUUUUGUGUGAAUAAGCAACAUGCUUAAUGGGAAGGCAAGAACUUCAUUUCA